AUGCUGCCGCCCGAGUUGGUGAACAUCCUGCUGGAGCAUCUGGAUCUCUAUUCGCUUGUUUCUCUGGCUCAAACGUGCCAGUCUUGGAACUCUGCCAUCACAGAAGCCGAGUAUCGGUACAUGCUGCUCAAGAGCUGUCCCUUCUACCAGCUUGACAACUCGAACAGACUUAGCUGGAGAGAUUGUGCAACGGAGUACCUGCGCCGAAACCGACUCAACAGUCCCAAGGUGGAUAGCUCUAUCAUUCAACAACUAUGUCCAAACACAACCAUCGCAGUCAGACAAGAUGAACUGCUGCCGCCACAUUAUUACUCUUUGUGUAAAAUGCAAGCUGCGACUCGGGAUGGGUGGCAUGAUGAUGUGGCCCUACGACAUACCGACAGCGGGUUCAGCUUCCAGGGCGCCUUCGUGUCACUAAAGGGAAGUGAGGGGGUUACCAACGAAGAUUACCACUACGACAACGGAACUAUAUCCAGCAGAUUUGGUAUCAAAAUGGGAUUCCAGAGAGGACAAAGACAGCAUGCCAUUCUGGCAAUCAAAACCAACACUAAAUGCAUCGCUGCCAUCGUUUGCUAUGAGCCAAGCGAAUACCGCAUUUUGGUUAAGUACAUUGACAGCCAUGGCAUUGCGCCAAAUAUUGAUUUUGGAGAGAACACUGACGAUUGGCUUUACUCUGUCGGCUUCUGUCCUUCAACCCUCACUUCUUUCGACCUGUUUCUGGUCGAGUCUUGCAUCUUUGUGUAUGUCCAGCAACAAGGACAUACCGGAGCUCUUCUGGCUCUGAACAAUGGAGUGAUGGAACGGGUGCUAUUCAAUGACAAGUACAUGCUCACGUCAACACCUGAGAUGUUGUGUGUGUUUGAUGGCAAAAUUGCCAUGGCUGGAAAACAUGUCAUGCCUGAAUUCAUGCGGUACUUGUUCAACAGGACACCCGUGCACGCUACAAAUAUCAGCCAGGAUCCCGUCUACAGUAACUAUGUUGGCCUAUACAAUGCGGCUGGAAGUAUGACCCAUUUAAUUGACUUUGCCACUCAGAGUAUUGUUGAUAUCACUGCGUUCUACUACACGUCUCUUCAGGCUGGCUUCCUGGCACUUCCUGGAUUAGUAGAUGGGCAGCUGGUUGUAUACAGAUACUCACAGCAGUUUCUGCUGACGCAUUUUGGUGAGCAAGUUGACGUUCAGGUCAUGAUGACUAAGAUUAAUUGUCUGGUUGAUGCCCCCGAGUCGAUGCUGUUGCCCCAUGUACCUCAGACGAGGGUUCCAGCUAGGUCCAGAGCCGUUAAUAGGCACAAGACGCGCCGAAGAGUGGUGGUAUAA